AUGUUCCAUGCUUGUAUUGUUAUACUUAUAUUAAUUGUAAUUAUUUGUAUGUGUACGGUAUUGGCUAUGAUCGAUUUGGAAAAUUAUAACUUCGGCCUAUACAUGAUAUUGCUUUGCACUGUAGGUAUAAUGAUUACAUGUGCCUUUUGUAUUGUUAAUCGGAAUGCAUGCAAAAAUCCUUCGUGGUAUGUCAAAUUUUGUUUGCUAUUUCAGGAAUUGCAUCUUCAACAGCUCUAUCGCCGUUCUAUAUCUUCCAAUAUUAAUGAAACAACAUUUUCAACAUCUGCAUGUAGAGAAGAUAAUAUUGCACAACGAUUCAGGAAUGGAAAUCGAGCAGCAACUGCAAUGUUAGCGCCAGUAGUUCAUAUCAUGCAUUAUGUCCAGAAAGGUAUGGCAUGGGUCACUGAAGAUGUUAGCGAAGAAAAACAAGUUACAGAGUGUCGAACGGUAUGUCAUGCUGAACUUAUUCUACGAAAAGAGUAA